AUGCCUCCUCUUCUGCCCUUCCAACACGGGCCAGAGGAAUUCCUCUUAACAAGGAUAUUCAAGAUGCAAAUAAGUAACGAGAACAAUUUACUUGAAUUCACACGGUCACUCUCUCCCUUUAAGGAGGCCAGGCUCUGGGACCCCAACAACCCAGCACAUUUUACUUCGGCGCGCAAGGGACACCGGCACAUCGAGUCUCAACAUAAAAAAAACACACUAGCGGGAUAUCGUGGCGAGAUAAUAUAUAAGAUGGUUCUGACUGGAACCGUUCUUUGGAUGGUGGUUGGGGCGGUAUGGGCACAGCCGGGCAACUUAUACGAAGAACAUUUUCCCCCUAUCCACCCUAACUGCACACAGAGUCUCACAGACCUCCUUCUGCUGCGUCAAGAAAACAGGCUAUCGGAGCUGAAGUUGGCAGAGGAGGUGUCAACGGUUGUCCUGAGGGAGGCGGUGCAGAUUUUGACUGACAUCAGGAAUUCCAUGACCGGAAAUCCAUGGGCAGAAAGCACCGUUUCGAGCAGCAGAAGUCCAACGCCGGCCCCAGGAUCGUGCUCAGGCAACUUCGUUAACAUCGGAGGCACUUGCCUGUAUCUUGCCACGGACACCGACGUGGUUUGGGGAACAGCUCGCCAGUUCUGUCAGGAUCUGGGAGGAGAUUUGGCAACAUUCCGAGAUGCCAAUGCCUAUGCUGAAACUCUCACAUAUAUUAAAAAUCUAGCCCUGGCCCGGACCGCCAACGUAUGGAUAGGUGGUUAUGACCAGAUUGCGGAGGGAAAUUGGAUAUGGAUCACAAAGGAAGCGAUGCCAAGGGGAUCGCCUUUCUGGGGCGCGAUUGGUUUCGGCCGAGAGCCCCGGGGCGGAUUAGGGGAGAACUGCGCCAUCUUAUAUGGAGUGGACGAUUUCAUGAUCCAUGACGCCCCUUGUACAUGGAAGUGCAAGCCACUCUGUCAGAUCAUGCAUUCUUAGACCUGGCCAGCGCUGUUCUGAUGCUGCUCUUAAUCUUGAUUGUGAGUUAACAUAUUUUUAGCAAAGCUAUGUCAAUAAAAGAAAGUUUUAAGUUGAGAAAUCUAUGUCACCAAUAAUUUAAUUACCUAAAAUGUACGUAAUGUUGACAAUGUCAUGUAAUAUCACCUUGUUCAAAUUUGCCUGCACACUUUUGUUAAGUCAUAUGAUCUGUAUUUUCCUUGAGUAUUUUGCUACAAGUCUGGUAAGCAUCGUACUACUGUGGCAACCUAUUUUACUGUUACAUUUGUCAAACAUUAUUUUCUUGUACUUCCCCGUGAUGUUCUAUUCUAUUGAUUUCUAUUAAAAUGUCACCAACAGCUUGAUAUAUAAAAUAAAUACAAUGUAUUGGAAACAAAUCAUGAAUGUGAACUAUAAUGUGUAUUACUUAUGACAA